GCGCGCGUACACGCCAUAAGACAGACACACAGAGAGAGAGAGAGAGAGAGAGAGAGAGAGAGAGAGAGAGAGAGAGAGAGAGAGAGAGAGAGAGAGAGAGAGAGAGAGAGAGAGAGGAUUCGGGCGCGGCCUCGGCUGUGUGGGAUUGGCAGCGAUGGCGGACGUGCUGCCAGUCAUGCAGGGUGGCGAUGUGCAUGGGGGUGGUGGCCGAGCGGGGAAGAGGAAGACACCGAUGGAAUUGCGCAUGGAGCAGAUGAAGAGGCUGAAGCAAGGAUGCGCUGCAGGGUCGGGUCCUGGAACGGACGAGCGUGGGCCUUUGCCGUCAUCGGCUCAGAUGGGCGCUGCUGCUCUGCAGCAGGCGAGAAGGUCUUGUUUUCCCCUAACGGAGAACGGUUAUGGUGGUGGGGUUGGUGGUGGUAGCGGUGCCGACGUGGCCAAAGUUGCUUCCUCUGGACGGCAACUGGAGGCAAAGCUUCUUGAUAUCUAUCCUGCAGCAAAGGCGAGAAAUGGUCAACGGGAGAUGGUUGGAAGCGACAAGGUUCUUUCAUCAUCAGCAAUGAAGGUAGGCGAUAAGCUAUUUGCACGGGAGAUGGUGGCUUCCGGCUCGGUGGGUAUUGAUAACCCGUCGUCUUGCCAAACUGCUCUGAGAUCAGAAAACGAUGGUCGUAAUAACGACGAUGUAAAGGACAUUGUUUUAGAGAAGGAUGAUGAUCGAGAGCAAAUGCGCGGCUUUGCAUCGGCGGGCAAGAGGAACAGAGCAAUAGGAAGAGGGGGAGGAGGGGGGGGGGCCUCGGGGGAAAGGACUACGCCGACCAGACCCGCAGCCGGGGCGGCUGCUGCGGUAAUGACGGCAUGGGAGAAAUCGGUGUCGAAGGAGACACGCUCAUUUAAGAACAUCACCGAUCUGGCUUCAAGGUUGGCCAGCAAUGGUGCUACUGGGUCAGCAACGGUUAACAUGUCUCAAGCGAUCCGAGAGAUGGCAUUAGACAAAGUUGUAGUUAGCUCUCCAUUGCCUUCUGGAUCGCCUUUGGAGAAGGGAGGAGGGGUAGCUGCAGCGGCGGCCGCCGCCACUAGGGGUCUUGGUCUUGCUGCGCCUGGCGAGGAGAGCGAUGGCAUCGCUCCUUUGGCUGGUAUCGCUGGUGGUCGGGCCCGCGUCGAUGACGUGGGGACGGACGCGAUGGAGUUCGACGAUGUGGCGGCGCCGAUCGAUCUGAGUCUUAAAAGGAGUGUCAGGUUUUGUUCAGCGGAACCGUUUGAUUGGUGCCAGCUGGCAAGUGGUCAAGAGGAGUCGGAAGCACUCAGGCGCUGGGGAACGAUGGAUUUUUUCGACUCUUGUCUUCCCCGCGCCGCCUACGAAGAGCAUGGGGUAUUCUCUGACGGUCACGGUGUUGGUGACAGUGAAGGCCGAGGAGGAGGAGGAGGAGGAGGAGGUGAAGAGGCGAUGAGGAGAAGGAGGAGCAGCUCGACGGGUCGAGGAACUCGAUUUGUCUCUUGCCUGCAAUCGUGGGUGCACCCAGAAUAUCAAUUUGCGGAGCAUUUGCUGGCGUCUAUAGAGAAUGCAGCGAGGGUAGCCGGGGGGGGAGCAAAAGGAGGAGGGUUGGGAUCGGAGUUCCUCGUCAAGCGUGUAUGGUUGUGGGAGGAGGCAUUUCGCUCUCUGUAUUACGGCUUGCGACACGGGACGUGCGACGUCUUCUACUAUCAGAGCCCUCAGUUCGUUGCCAUGUUCUGCUCGGGCGGCCACUGCACUACGAGUCGAACCAGGCAGGGCGGCGACCGAAGUGUGACCGGCGGCGGCGAGGGUGGGUGUGGCAAUGGCGCUCGCACGGUGCGACGCGAGGGAGCGAGCCCUGCUGGCUGCUUUGCUCUGCUCACCAGAUCGACGAAAGGGCUGCGCAAGUUGUUGGAAGAGCAGGAUGUCCAGUUCACAAUGCCUCUCGUCUCUUCCUCUCACGGGGCCGAGGACGCGGUCUUUGAAAAGCAGGCGCUUAAGGAGUUACAGGAGUUUGAGCGAGCACAUCCUGGGCGCACAAGGACGAUCGACUCUCUCUCAGGUAUUGAUAACACCGGUCGGUCGCUCUUACACGUCGAGGGGAACAGACGAGUGCAUCGGUUAUUCGAUUUUCUCUUGAACUACAGGUACAUUGCGGGUGCCUCUGCCGCGCAGGGAGAUGUCCCCGUUCUGUACUCUUCUGUGCCGUUCAAGAACAGCACUUUGAGAGCGACGGAGGUUGUUUACCGGCGCAUGAAGAAGAUACGUCCCGCUGGUGGCGGCGGCGGCGGCGGCGCCGCCGACGCAGUAGAUGAAGUGGGGAGGAGGAGGAGAAGGGGAUCUGCCGCAGCAGGUGACACGACGACGGCCAUAGCGACUGGCGAGAGCGAGUUUUCGCGGGCUGGUUCCAGUGAGGACGACGUCACUCAUUGUAUGGAGCUCAAAGCGGGUGCAGGGGGCGACUUGUUGAUCCCGCCGUGGGUCAUUCAACGGUUAUGCAGAGUCCUGAAAGAGCAUCAGAGAGGAGGCUUCACCGCGAGUUUCGUCACGGAUUCGGCGACGAGUAACAUCAACUGCAUUCCUGGUGAUUGGAACAGCAGAACCAGGACCGGAGGAGAGCGAGAGAAUCAGAAGAACGCAACUCCGAAGAGUGUAAGUGGUAGUGGCGGCGGGAACGGCAGCACAAGCGGCUGGGGAGACACCGAUGUAGGGUGUGGUGGUGCUACCAAGGAGGAAGGAGCGACCGAGAGGCACGUACCAGGUGGCGGCGGUGAUGCAGACAGUCCUAAGACAGAUGACCAUAGGACGGUAGCCACGGUGAAAUCGUUGCCAGAAACGCGGCGCGCGCCGGAUUCGCGGACGACGUCGCCCGUUCGAAAUCGGCGUCGAUCUCUCGGUUGCUGUGUUGUGCAAACUAUUCGGUGCUCGGGCCAGGGGUCAUUUCGUGUCACUCUGACGGGUGGAUGGAGGAAUAGUUUCAAUCGCCCCGUUUCUGUCCUCAGGGCGGCUAUAGAAGAGUUCGAAUCCAGCCUUUUCUCUCCUUGACACCCACCUCAAAACCCGUUUUCACUCCUCAAAACCCGUUUUCACUCCUCAAAACCCGUUUUCACUCCUUUCACACCGGCGGGUUCAGUCACUCUAUCGAACUUCCUCUUCCCCUCGAUCGAACUUUCCUCUCCCCUCGAUCGAAAUUGAUGGAACACCCCUCCUUCCCCCUUCCUCCUCUUCCUCCCCCCUUCCUCCUCUUCCUCCCCCCUUCCUCCUCUUCCUCCCCCCUUCCUCCCCGCUUCCUCCUCUUCCACCUCUUCCUCCUCCCUUCCCCCCCGUUUCCUCCGCCCUUCCCCCCCGUUUCCUCCGCCCUUCCUUCUCUUCCUCCCCACUUCCUCCCCCCCUCCUCUCCUCACCCUCCAGCCCCUCUUCGAUCCCCGGAUCCGAUGGCUCGAUCUAACGGUCCUCAUGGUCUAGUGCUCGAUUGGCUGGUCGUUCGUGCUCUCUCUCCAUCGAAUUCGCGCCGUCAUUCUCAUCGUAGGAAACUUCGAUUGGCCGGCUCUCCUUUUCGGUUGCGUAUAUUCGUCCCGUGCUUGGGGUCUGAGGUCUAUAGCCACCAUAGGGUGGGUGUGUAGUUCCCUUGCUUGGCGGUUGAGGUGAAGUUCCCUUGCUUGGCGGUUAAGUUGAAGCCGCCUUUGCUUGGCCGUUGAGUUGAAGGUUCCCUUUGCUUGGCCGUUGAGGUGAAGUUCCCCUUGCUUGGCCGUUGAGGUUAAGUUGCGGCUCUUGAGGUCCAGUUCCUGUGAAUGCCGUGCUUUGGCGGUUGAGGUGAAGUUGCCUAAGUUGCCUUUGCUUUGGCGGUUGAGGUGAAGUUUCCUUGCGUUGGAGUUUGCGGUUCAGUGCCCGAUGAAUGCCGGUUGAGGUGUAGUUGCCUUGCUUGGCGAUCGAUAGAGCGGAAGUUCGGCGCGUAAGGGUUGGUCGAAGUUGCCCCCCGAAGAGGUUGGUCCAUCUCUCUCUAGAUCGUCGUCGCUGUUACCUUCUUCACCCGAACAGCACGCCCGGUAAUUAUUGCCGCAUCUGGACUGAAAGUUGCAUCGAAUACAGAUUUAACGACCGGGCGUUCUCUUCGGGCGAAGACGGUAGGCGAUGGUUGCUGAAGGUCAUCGCCCCGUCGUUGGGUACGCCGGUCGUUCGCGCACCGUUGCUGGAGAUCGGUUAUGGAUGGGCGCGCUGAUAUCAUGGCGCCGGAAAGUGACCGAGCAAGGUCCCGAAGUCUUUGAGGUAGGUGUGUGCGCCGGAGGAGGGUGUUUGAGAGAAGGUAGGUUCAUGCUUGGUGAAUUUUCUGUAUCAUUAGUCUUCAAAAUCCGUUAGUUUUUCUCGAUUUUGUUAUCAACUGCCCUGUACAAAGAGAAAAGUAAAUUUUGUUAUGGAACCAAAGGACCAGAGAAAGGGAGGGUUUUGUUACCCGAGGACGAUAGUAAAAGAGCUCUACGCGG